AUGUCAGAUAAUGAGUUCAGUCCUCCCACAGAAGAGGUCACCGAUGCUAUGGGCCAGGUCUUUGAAGAUUUGGUGCCUUCUAAGAAUGUGAAAGAAAUUAAUACAGUUGAUGAUCCCAUAUAUGAUCAUAGGUAUCAUACCGGCAUGCUCCCUGAUAAGAGCUCACAAGCCGCGUCUAUCCAAUCGACACCUAUAGGUUCUGCUUCUGGUGCUACCACCGCCGCUAGAAAGGCAAGACAACCUAAGAGAAAUUUUGUCACCGGUCCGUCACCUUCAUGGAAUAAUAUAUCUGCGGGGGUUAGCAGUCCUCAGACAAAACUAGAGAACACUAGUGCUUCGGCGAUGAUAGGAUCACAUAGUCAUAGCAACGCACAACGAAAAUAUGGAACGACAACUCGAAAUUCCACCAGCGGAUUACAUUUUCGAAGUGAGCCAUCUGUUCCUGAUCUGAGCCGAUAUCAAGUGUCUCCGGUUCCUCCUAUUAUCAGUAACCAGGAUGUGUUCCUUCCUAGAGGCGGUGUUCGUCGUCGGGCCUACUCUGAAGUUGAUCAUAAUACCAGAAAUUAUAUGCUCAAUAGAGAGUACUCGCCAUUCGAUGAACAGGACGACAUGGGGGACGAUGAUAGUUCGGUUUACAUUUCUUCCAAUCCUUCGUCAAGGGAAGGUAGUAUUUCUUCGUCAAUUGACGAUGUCUGCUUCCCUGUUGAUACGAUUGAUGAUAGUGGGAAAAAGAGAAUGUGGCCAGAUAUUCAGAUUCUAGAAGAUUUUGCCAAUCAAGAGGCUGAAGAAAUCAAAAAGGUAAACGAAGCUUCUGCUGCGUUAAGCCAGGACUCUUCAGUGCCAGAGCCAGGAGAGGGUGUCAAUUUUGAGUACCCGUUGGUUUCCAACGUAGAUCAGGGAGACUCGUUGACCGAACCAUUGAUUCAAACUAAAGAAGAAGAGGCAAAUUUGAUAAAUGAAAGACUAAGACCACCUAAGCUCACACCCUGGGAUAUUCAACGUCACGAUAGUUUCAAAGCAAGACAAGCUAUGCUGGAAAAUUUUCGUUUCACCUACUUUCGUGAGGACUUGCCGGAGACUAUACAUUCUACCAACAUUUCAGGAUUGACUCGUAAAGAAAACACCACUUUCUCUGACUUGUUCUGUCCCUCAUAUUAUGGACCCAAAGUGCAACAGUCUCAAGCACAAACCUCACCUUUGAACUCGGAUAGUCUGCACAAUUAUGCCAGAGAAUCGACACCCCAAUUGUCACAGGCUAAUUCGAAGAUAUCCAAGAUAGGUACCGCUUCUACAACUCCUACCCCUUCUGUGGCAGACUACUCUCAUGUGGAGAAGCAAAAUGUGCCUGCAUUCUGGCUUGAUGUUUACAAUCCGACCGAAGACGAAAUGAAGGUAAUGUCGAAGACUUUCGGCAUUCAUCCCUUGACAACUGAAGACAUAUUCCUUGGAGAAGCUAGAGAAAAAGUCGAAUUAUUCAAGGACUAUUACUUUGUGUGUUUUACAUCAUUUGAUGUAGCGCAGGAGCACCACAGACAAAAAGCCAUUGAGAAGGCACACGCUUUAAGUGUUUUGGAAGAAGAGGAAGAGAGUCGCUCCAAAAAUGAGACUUGGUUCCAAAGAUUUCGUGAGUCAGUGGGGUUCAGUCGCAGGACCAGAAGUGAUAUUGACAGAGUUGACAUGUCGUCUCCCCUUUCUUCUAAGCCAUCCCUUAGACGGUCUACAGCAUCUACAAGUUCUCAAAAAACUAAGCUUGGCUCCAGACAGGAUGAAUUGGUUUCUUUGAAUAUGUAUAUCAUUGUUUUUGGAGACGGUGUUAUUACAUUUCAUUUUAGACCUACUCCACAUCCAAGCAAUGUCAGAAGGAGAGUUCGUCUAUUAAGAGAUUACUUAACCGUAACUUCUGAUUGGAUAGGAUAUGCUCUCAUAGAUGAUAUUACAGAUGCUUUUGCGCCAUUGAUUGAGAGCAUUGAAACGGAGGUGAAUGCUAUCGAAGAUGAAAUCUUAGUGAUGCAAAGUGGUGAGCAUUCUGAUAGCGAUGAUAGCAGCGAUGAGGAGGAUGAGGAGGACAGGGUUUGGGUGAGGCUAAAGAGAAGAAGUUCUACAGUUGGUGUAGGACAACAACGCUCCCUCAAGUCGUAUAAAUCUUCGUUGUCAUCAACCUCUUCUUCUUCUUCAAGUACAAAGAUAAUUAGUUGGAAGAGGAAGGGGGAUAUGUUGAGAAGAAUUGGUGAAUGCCGUAGAAGAGUGAUGUCCUUACUUCGUCUUUUGGGAACCAAGCCUGAUGUCAUUAAGGGCUUUGCCAAAAGAUGCAACGAGCAAUGGCAGGUGGCACCAAAAUCAGAAAUAGGAUUGUAUCUUGGUGAUAUUCAAGAUCAUGUAGUUACUAUGGUGCAAUCAUUAAAUCACUAUGAGAAAGUCCUUGCUAGAUCACAUUCGAACUAUCUUGCACAGAUUAACAUUGACAUGACAAAGGUGAAUAAUGAUAUGAAUGAUAUUCUUGGUAAGAUUACCAUUCUCGGUAGUAUAGUUCUUCCUUUGAACAUAAUCACUGGUUUAUGGGGUAUGAAUUGUCUUGUUCCUGGACAGGAUGUCGAGAACUUGAAGUGGUUUUGGGGUAUUCUUGCAGGUAUGAUGGCAUUUUCUAUGGCUUGCUAUCUGUACGCUAGGAGAGUUAGUGGAUUGGUUUGA